CAGCUCGGAGUCCCGCUCGAGCAGGAGGUCCCCGCCGCGAGUAGCUGCCGCUGCCGCUGCACUCGAGUGCUGCACGUACGUGUGUGCGGGCGCGUGUGUGGCCGCCGAGCGAAGGUGAACGAGUCGUCGUCGUCUCGCGUUCUUGUACUUAUAUUACCGCGCGGAGACACUGCCGCCGCGCGAGUCUCUCUUUUCGCCGAGUUUUUUGCAUUGCAAGUAUUGUGUGCUGCGAUUAUUCGAGGCUUGUUAUUCGGUUGUUCAAGUUUGUGCGGGUGUCGUCGUACAGUUGCCUAUUCGCAGUGAGGAGCCGGCCAAUUCACGGAUUUCGCAGCAGAAGCUGCAGAAGAGAGAGGAGAAAGACACGAGAGAGGAGCAUCAGGAGGCAAGCUUUUGAGGACGACUUUACAACCAGGCAAAGCGACACGUACACAGGCAGCUGUUGCCGGGGCGAGCAAGCGAUGCAGGAGGGGCUCCGCGCGCCCGGGAGCGCCUUCAAGGAAGCAGCAGCGAGUCGUCGCGGUCGAUCGGCCAGGCCGGCGACCGGACAGCAUCAUCAGCGAGACAACGAAUAUCGCCGAGGAAAUAGACACUUACAGGCCUGCUGAAGAAGGACGCCGGGCAGUACGUCCUCUUUGUCUCUCUCGAUCGCGUACGUUCGCAGCUCUUUCUCUCGCGGCGGCGCGUCCCUGGAGGAGCUCCAUUACAAGACAGAAAAAUGCCGGCCUUGAAACUUUUCGGAAGGAAAUGGCUCGCGGCCACAGAUGAUCUCGUUUACCCUGGUCUCUUUGAAAUAUUCAUAAGGGUUGUAUGGUUCGUGCUGAUAGGAAUAGCCUGCCUGAGGUACUACGGCGAGACGUGGAAAUGCCGAUCGGGCGGAGAUCUCGUGAGAGUUUUUCUCAUAGGCGAAAUGGCCAUACUCGGGAUCGUGACGAUCCUCAUAAUAUUCAUAGUGAAUCACAGCGCGCGAGGCUCGAUAGCUGACACUUACGCGCGGCGUUACGUCCAGCCUCUGCUCACCGUCAAAGUCCUGCUGAUCCCAGCGGAAGUAGUCUGGAACAUCCUGGGCACGAUAUGGCUGUUCAGCGAGGCGGUCGAGUGCAGCAGCGAGCACUACACGACUGGGGUGGUGGAAGCUCUGGUGAUAUUCGACUGGGUGCUCAUCGGCCUGACGAUCUUCGGCCUGGCCUUGAUCUUCGAUCCGCUAGGCUCGCUCGGCCUCGAGGACAAGGAACUCGAGGACUCGGUCGAGCACGGCAAGAUCUCCAGGAUCUGGCUCAGGCGCUUCAAGUUCUUCUGGUGGAUGAGGCGCGACGAGAGCGCCAGCGAGACUUUUCAACAUGUUGCUGGACUGCUGAGUGCUCUUUUUCGCGGAACAGACCUGGUACCGUCGGACGUGAUGGCAGGAUGCGUCCUGCUGAGGGUCAGGCAAAAGCGCGAGACGCUCGAGUUGAGGAGACUGAACAUCCUCGAGCGACCGAAAUACACCACUGAUGGCGUCAGCAUAUUCGCGGGGGCGCCAGACUGGAUGUCGCUCGAGUGGGCCCAUCACUACCUCCAGCUGGCUAUCUCCUCCUACGGCUGGCUCUUCGUCAUCUACAGGCACGCCUGCACCGGCUGCUUUCGCCUCGUGCGCGAGAUGACGUGCUGCGCCUGUAUGCGGAGGAAACGGAACGUUGUUCUCGACGACAAUUGCUGUCUGUGCAGUCUGUCGGGCGUGAAAACUCUUUCCAAGCUUUCGGAGGACGACAUACUUUUUGCGUCCUUCAGGAAUCAUUUGUGCGAGAUACCGUUCGUUGUAUUGGCCGAUCACAAAACCUCGAGCAUCGUCAUAGUCAUAAGGGGCUCUUUGUCCCUCAGGGAUCUCAUUACGGACAUUGCGGCAGCUUCCGACUCCUUUGAGCCAGAGGGUCUUCCUCCUGGAAGCAUGGCGCACAGAGGAAUGAUCAUUGGAGCUAAAGUACUUCUCAAGCAGCUUGAUCAGUAUAAGGUGCUUGAAAACGCAUUCAAAAUGUAUCCUCAUUAUGACCUCACACUAACAGGACACAGUUUAGGUGCUGGACUCGCUGUAUUAUUAGGUACAUUGAUCCGUCCUCGUUAUCCUCAUCUCAGGGUUUACGCGUUCGCGACACCUGCUGGAUUGCUGAGCAGAGACGCUGCUCGAGUGACUGAAGAAUUUGUGUUAUCUAUUGGACUGGGCGAUGAUUUAGUUAUGAGACUUAGCGUUGACAGUAUGGAAAACUUUAGGACUUCGUUAUUGAUUACGCUUCAAGCCUGCAGACUUCCAAAGUACAGGGUAGUUCUUAAUGGUUUUGGUUACAUACUGUUUGGAGUUCCUGAUAGAGAUCUAAAUAGGACAUGGAGAAAUGGUAAUACAAUAAACUCCAUACCAGGACAAUUACCUCUCUUGUCCGAAACGCCAUCGAUGCGACCGACAGAAACAAUUUUAGAAAGAGACGUUACAAGAAGAAGGUACUCAAAAGUCAGACUUUAUACAGCGGGUCGGAUACUGCACAUUGCUCGAUGUAAACCGGCAUCGAAGGAGAAGAAAAGGAAAAAAAAUAAAGACAAAAAAUUCGAGAUGCGAUGGGCGCAUCCAGAAGAUUUUAUGGAACUGUCUGUGAUGCCUCGCAUGCUGCUGGACCACUUGCCAGAGAACUUAGAAGAAGCUCUCGCGAUUCUUGUCAAACAGCAAGAUGAGCCGCUUUUCGUACUUUGAUUCAUUGCGAAUAAAUAAAAUUCAUUACCUCAACGUUGUCGAACGUUUGAAAAACGAAUUUGCAUAUUCAAAACGAAUCUGCAACGAAAGUAUGUGCAUACUUCACCAGGCAGUAUUUCUUUAUGGCAAUUGUCAACUUAGAUUAGGUUCAUUCAAUUUUUUAUACGCCUUAUUUAUGUACAUAAAUAAAGUUUUGAUUAUGAUUAAUAAUAUAAUAUGAAAACAACAAUGCUGUCAAUUGCGUAACAUUGCAUUAACAUCUCUAAUCGAUUAUAGCAAUAACGUAAAUCAAUCUGUAAAUAAGUUUGAAUAUUUGUUCUUGUUAUAUAUAUAAAUUUAUAUAGUCUUUAAGUCUUGUACUAGCUAACGAGUCGAAAAUGGUUUUGAGCAAACCCAUGAGUGUUUAAAUAUUGCCUCAUGUAAAUAGAAAAACAAUACAUGGCAAUAGACGAUUAA